AACCAACUUGCGCUCAAGGCAGCUGCGCCUUCUACCGAGUUGAAUAUUCCCGUUAUUCACUCCUAAACACCACCGAAAUCUAGUCCGUACCCGACCACCACCCUUCCCAAACAACAUCAUGUCUCCCGGCUUCACAAAGACGCCCCUCUUCGGCGGGGCGCUCGAAUGCGACCUCCCCGAUAAUUUUGCCGAUGUUAGUAAGAUCCGCCAAGUUCCCGACAACCAAGAAGUCUACAUCGAUCAAAGCGGUUUCACCUCUAUCAUCUUCGACAUCACCGAGCGCGUCAAAGCCAGUGGUGAGGGCCUCGAGCGCGACGGCCGCGCCCUGACGAUUCAUCUCGAGGACCUAGUUGGCGACGAUACCGACUCGGUCAAGGUCUGGAACACGACUGAGACCCAGUUCACCCACCUCGACGACGACACACCGGCCUACACCCUCAUCGCCACGCAAACGCCCCAGGCCGACGAGGCCCGGCGGGGGGCGGCGCCCGACUUCACGGCGCUGAUCCUCACGCUGUUGCGGUUCGAGAAGGAGCGGUCCGACAUCCUGAUCACCAUCAACGUGCCGCACAUCAAGGGCGAGUACGACGAGGACGAGGUCGACCUAGCGCUGGGCAAGCAGGGCGAGCUGAUUGGGGAUGCGGUCGAGUACGCGGCUCGGAUCUGGGAGACGUUCAAGGUGAAGAGCUGGCGGCUGUUUGAUGGGGCGUAGUUGGGGGUCAAGGGCAAUUCGGGCAACUUGGGGCUGCGAGUUUCACACGCAAAGCAGAGGACUUAUCUUGGAUGUCGAUCAUGUUGUAUUGGUUGGGUAGGCAAGGCGGGCGAGGGCCGGCGUUAGACGAAGGGCGGAACAGCUCCUGAUGAGCUCAUGACCAUGAAUGAACAAUGGCAAAGCUGAUGAAAUUCUACGCUUGCGAAGGUUGCUCUUGGUAUCUGACUACGGUGCG